AUCCGACGCUCAGAGGCGCUUGGGUGAUGCUACGGCUGCCUUGGAGUGGGUGAAUCCGCGCUGGACACCAUUGCUCCGUGGGAUUACUCUGAAUGAGUUUGCUAUAAACAGCUUGACUUACAUAACAGCUCGUAAUUCAGUGCUGUGCGGUCGCUGCGUAGGGCAACUUAGAAGAGGUGACUUUAAGAGCACUCAUCAUGUCAGUGGUAGGCAUUGAUGUGGGUUUCCAGAAUUGCUACAUCGCAGUUGCCAGGAGCGGCGGCAUUGAAACCAUCACCAAUGACUACAGUGACAGAUGCACACCGGCUUGUGUGUCUUUGGCCUCCAAAAGCCGCAUGAUUGGAAAUGCAGCCAAAAGUCAAGUCAUUACCAACUGCAAAAAUACAAUUCAUGGCUUCAAAAAGUUCCACGGAAGAGCGUUUGAUGACCCAUUUGUCCAAGCGGAAAAACCCAAACUGCCUUACAGCUUACAUAAACUGGCGAAUGGAAACACAGGAGUUAAGGUGCGUUAUUUGGACGAAGACAAAGUGUUCACAGUGGAGCAAAUCGCAGGGAUGCUGCUCAACAAGCUGAAGGAAACAGCAGAGAGCGCACUGAAGAAGCCUGUGGUGGACUGUGUCAUAUCUGUCCCAGGUUUUUUCACUGAUGCUGAAAGACGGUCUGUGUUAGAUGCAACUCUAAUCGCAGGGCUCAACUGUUUACGGCUAAUUAAUGACACAACUGCAGUGGCUUUGGCCUACGGGAUCUACAAACAGGACCUCCCCACUCCAGAAGAGAGGCCAAGAAAUGUGGUAUUUGUGGACAUCGGACAUUCAUCGUUCCAGGUCUCCAUCACUGCCUUCAACAAAGGCAAACUCAAGGUCUUGGCCACUGCGUUUGAUCCAUACCUCGGUGGGCGCAAUUUUGAUGAAGCGUUGGUCGAUUACUUCUGUGAGGAGUUUAAGGUGAAGUACAAGCUCAACGUGAGGGAGAACCCGAGGGCUCUGCUGCGGCUGCACCAGGAGUGCGAGAAACUGAAGAAGCUGAUGAGCGCCAACUCCUCUGACCUGCCUCUGAACAUAGAGUGCUUCAUGAAUGACAUUGAUGUUACAAGCAGGAUGAACAGGGGCCAGUUUGAAGACAUGUGCUCUCAAUACCUGAUGAGAAUAGAGACGCCGCUGAAAACAGCUCUUGAACAAUCAAAGCUGAGCCGGGAUGAUAUUUAUGCAGUGGAGAUAGUUGGAGGAGCCACGAGAAGCCCGGCCAUCAAAGAGAGAAUCUGGAAGUUUUUCGGUAAAGACAUCAGUACCACGCUUAACGCAGAUGAAGCUGUCGCUAGAGGCUGUGCGCUCCAGUGUGCUAUUCUGUCUCCAGCCUUUAAGGUGCGUGAAUUCUCCAUCACUGAUGUGGUUCCCUUUCCUAUUACUCUUCGCUGGAAAACACCAUCAGAGGAUGGAUUGGGAGAGUGUGAGGUGUUCAGUAAGAAUCAUGCUGCUCCGUUUUCCAAAGUGAUCACCUUUCACAAGAAGGAACCCUUUGACCUUGAAGCCUUCUACAACAGCCCUCAAGAUCUGCCCUACCCAGACCACAGGAUAGGAUGUUUCUCUGUACAGAACGUUGUUCCCCAGCCAGAUGGAGACAGCUCUAAAGUGAAGGUCAAAGUGCGAGUGAACGUCCACGGUAUCUUCAGCGUGUCCAGUGCCUCCCUGAUUGAGAAGCAGAAAGGAGAGGGGGAGGACAUGCAAAUUGACUCGGAGCCAAUGGUGCAAAAUGAAGGCAGGCCAGAGGACCAGACCAAAAUGCAGGUGGACCAGGAAGGCCAAAGCCAGGGGGACCAGCAGAGCGAGGACAACAGUUCCAGCAGUAAGGAAGAGCUAUCUGGGGAGAAGCAGGACCCAGCAGCGGGGGGAAGCAAACCCAAAGUCAAGGCGAAGAGUAUUGAUCUGCCCAUCGUAGCCAACAACAUUCGACAGCUCGAGAGCGAUGUCCUAAACAACUUUGUCGAGUAUGAGCGUCAGAUGGUCAUCCAGGACAAACUGGUUAAAGAGCUGAAUGAUGCUAAAAAUGCUGUGGAGGAGUAUGUAUACGACCUACGGGACAAACUCUGUGGGAUCUAUGAAAAGUAUAUCACUGAGGAAGACAGUAACCGGCUGACACUGAUGCUAGAGGACACAGAGAACUGGCUGUAUGAGGAGGGAGAGGACCAACCCAAACCAGUCUAUGAGGAGAAACUUCAAGCACUAAAGAGGUUUGGUCAGCCCAUUCAGGACCGGCACAGAGAGCAUGAGGACAGGCCGAGAGCUUUUGAAGAGUUGGGAAAGAAACUGCAGCUCUACAUGAAGUUUGUGGAUUGUUUUAAACAAAAGGAUGAACGAUACCAGCAUUUGACUGCAGAGGAAACGAGCACUGUGGAAAAUGUGUGAGUGAACAUGGGCUGGAUGAACAGCAAGAUGAACGCGCAGAGCAAACUUGUAUAA